GUCGAAUUCGUGGCUGACCCGCACCAAAAAGCAGUCUCCUUCCCGUUGCCGUUGAAUUCCCGUCACAAACAAACGCCCCCCGCACCCCACGAAACCUCGAACUUCUCGGUCCAACAACAAACAGAAUGGCACCCGACACAACAGACACAAAGCCCGUGAUCAUCGUCGGGGCCGGCCUCGCGGGGCUGGUGGCAGCCUUCGAGCUCUCGCAACAAAACGUGCCCACGAUAAUCCUCGACCAGGAGAGCGCCGCCAACCUGGGCGGACAGGCCUUCUGGUCGCUGGGCGGGCUGUUCUGCGUCGACUCGGCCGAGCAGCGGCGCAUGGGCAUCCAGGACUCGCGCGAGCUGGCGAUGCGCGACUGGUUCGGGUCGGCGCGCUUCGACCGCGACAAGGAAGACUACUGGCCGCGGAAGUGGGCCGAGGCGUUUGUCAACUUCGCCACGGACGAGAUGGAGAACUACGUGAAGGCCCGCGGCCUCGGCUUCAUCUUCAACGUCCCCUGGGCCGAGCGCGGUGCCGGGUGCGCCGACGGCCAUGGUAACUCGGUGCCCAGGUUCCAUGUGACCUGGGGGACCGGGCCGGAGGUGGUGCGCGUCUUUGCCGAGCCCGUCAAGGAGGCUGAGAAGAAGGGUAUUGUGGAGUUCCGGCACCGGCAUAUGGUCGACGAGCUGAUCGUGGACGAGAAGACGGGGCGCGCCGUGGGUGUCAGGGGGCGGGUGCUGGAGCCGGACGACUCUCCGAGGGGAGUCAAGUCGUCGAGGACGGUUGUCGGAGAGUUUGAGCUUUUCGGGUCUGCCGUGCUGGUGUCGUCUGGUGGCAUUGGCGGCAACAUCGACAAGGUCAAGUCGGUUUGGCCAGUCGAUCGGCUGGGCAGCGUGCCGAAGAACUUUGUCGUUGGCGUGCCAGCCCACGUCGACGGGCGCAUGAUCGACAUCGCCGAGACAGCCGGCGCCAACGUCAUCAACCGCGACCGGAUGUGGCACUACACCGAGGGCCUUGCGAACUGGGACCCCAUCUGGCCCGGCCAUGGCAUCCGCGUCCUGCCGGGGCCCUCAUCGCUCUGGAUCGACGCCACGGGCAAGCGACUGCCCCCUUUCCUCUACCCGGGCUGCGACACCUUGGCCACGCUAAAACACAUCUGCAGCACGGGGUACGACUACACGUGGUUCAUCACGGAUUACAGCAUAAUAGCGCGCGAAUUCGCCCUGUCAGGAUCCGAGCAGAACCCGGACUUGACGGGCAAAUCGUACUGGCAAUUCCUAUGGCAGCGCAUCUUCAGCUCCCACCCCACCGUCCCCGUGCAGCGCUUCGUCGAGCACGGCGCCGACUUUGUGGUGCGCGACAACCUGGAGGAUCUCGUGCGGGGCAUGAACGAGCUGGCUGCCAAGAUGCCGGGGGCGCCGCAGCUGGACUACGCGCAGGUCAAGGAAGUGGUGGAGACGCGCGACGGCCAGUUCGUCCACUCGUACUCCAAGGACGCGCAGGCCAUGCUGGUGCACAACGCGCGCACCUACUGGCCCGACAAGCGCAGCCGCAUCGCGCCGCCGCACCGCCUGCUCGACGUCGACAAGCACGGCCCGCUGAUCGCGGUGCGCAUGAACCUGCUGACGCGCAAGACGCUGGGCGGCAUCGAGACGAACCUCGACAGCAAUGUCAUGCGCGCCGACGGCACGCCGUUCCCUGGUCUGUAUGCCGCGGGCGAGGCGGCCGGGUUUGGCGGCGGCGGGGUGCACGGGUACAACUCGCUGGAGGGCACCUUUCUCGGGGGGUGUAUCUUCUCGGGGAGGGCGGCGGGGCGCGCGAUGGCGAGGGAGUGGUUGGCUGAUAAGGGGACGGCGUGACUGUUCUCCUCGAGAGUGAGGGUGUUAAGGGGCGUUGAUGGCUACCUACCUACUCUGCUUGGACCUUUCUACGAUACCUAU